CAGUUGGUCAAUUGCCGAUUGGAAUUGCCGGGUUGGAAUUGUUGGAGUAUAUAUUGAAGAUUGGAGCGCACUUUCUCCUAUCAACGGUAUUCCACCGUAGACCGUAGACAGUAUCGUGUAUUAAAGAGGACUGAAGGACUUGUCAAAAAUGAAUAAAAUUGUUUUCUCGUACGCUUUAGCGAGCGUACUCAUUUCCGCGGCUUUCGCUACGACAGAUAAAGUCUGUCAAAAACCCGAGAUCGUCGCUUCGUCAUACGUGACGGAAGACGCAACGGUUCUCACGAACGUCGCCUUCACCAUGCAGUUUGUGUUAAAGUGUAGCGACGGUGUAAAGGGAAUCAGUCUUUACGCCGAGGUCGAGGGCAAGUUAUUACCGGCGGCUAGAUUGAGCGCUGAUAAUAAAUAUCAGAUAUCUUGGACAGAAGAUAUCAAAAAAGCGAGAUCUGGCGAUUACUACAUAAAAUUAUAUGACGGAGAUAAAUACAACGCUGUUCGCAAAGCCAUAAGGAACGGAGAGGAUAGUGAUAGUGUGAGUCCUUUGGCAGUAGUUGUCCUCAACAAUCCAGGCGUAUAUCUUGGUCCUUGGGUGAAUUCUGAAUUUUUGGCUGCUUUCUUAGCUAGUUUUGUAUCCUAUUCGGCAUUUUCUGCAAAGUACAAACUUCUAGCAUAGAAAAUUUUUGUUAUUAAAAAAUAAAAUGUUUAAAUAUAACAAAAA